CAAACAGCCCGACGGAGAAUGGUGGCCAUGGUGGUGGUGGUGGCAGCGGGCGUUGGAGGUGCUGGAGCAGCUGGUCGGAGGGCGGUGUUGGCGGCAGCAGGGGGAUGGAGUGCGUUGGGCGUGAGGCGUGGGCGGCAUGCCUUUGCUUGGGGGGCAAACGACGGCGCGGCUAUAGGUACAGGCGUUAGCUCCGCCUUUACGGACCGGCCGCAGCCCAUGUUGCAACAGGGUCCCACGCAACAGCGCGAGGGCAUUCUGCUGCGCCCUGCCUCGCUGGCUGCUGGCGUUUCACACACCCUCUUUGUGCCUAAGGAGAACCCCCACGAAGUCUGGGGUCUGGGUCUCAAUACAUCCGGCCAGCUCGGCACGUCGCUGAAAAAGGUUUUGGCAGCACCAACGCGACUUUUGACAUGUGACGCCCCAAUCAAGGCCCUUGCUGCCGGACACGAGCACAGCAUGGUAUUGACCGAGGACAAUGAGAUUUGGGGCGCAGGUCUCAGCUCUCAGCAACAGCUGGGGGUUGUCCAAUCCGAGCCAUAUGACUGGACCACCCUGUCAGAUGUCUUUGCCGCCAGUUUAGACACCCCUAUUGCACACUGGAGCUCACUGGCCUGUGGGGCGUCGCAUUCAGUGUUGUUGGGCCAAGAUCAGAACCAACGCGCCGUUGUCGUCACCAGUGGGUGCAAUGCCGAUGGCCAGGCGGGUCCCCGCCCAACACUGGGUGAUUCGGACGUUCUUGCGCCACCUGGGCUCUUGUUUGGCACCGCUCAUGCCUCUGAUACUUUGAGCAUCGCGGCGGGUACUGACCAUACCAUCAUUGUCGAACGCACUCUAGAAGGGACGCGUCUCUGGGGCACAGGAAACAACGAGUAUGGGCAACUCGCACAGGAUCCCGAGGCACAGGAUCGGCUCAUGGAGCUUGGCCUGUUAAUGACGCUCAGCCCGGAGGAAACAGUUCAGCAGGUGGCCUGUAGUGGGUCGUGCACCUAUGUGUUGAUUGACGGGCAAGUGCGACGCUCAGGACUUGACGUCCAAGGCCCGCACGUUGGGUUUGUGCCCUUGCAGCUGCCCGAGACAGACCUCCGCUUUCGCUUCAUUGCUGCCAAUUCCAUGGCUUUUGCCGCGGUGGACAUGCAAGGGCAGCUGUGGACGAUGGGUGCUGGCCACCUGGCUGCGCAUGGUCAUUCAACCGGACCAGUCGACGCACUGACCUGCCUCCUCAAUCAGGAGGCAUGCCAGGUCUUCGAAGGAGCCAAGCAGGUGCAGGAUGUUGUGUUGGGACACGAUUUUGGCUUUGCCAUCCUCGACUCGCAAUAAGCUGGCCUUGGCAUUUCAAAAAUUCAUCUCGUACAGGUUUCUCGAUGAGUUGACGCUAUUGCUUG